AUGACGACAGGAAAUUAUGACGUUGUUCGUGACGAUAUUAAAUCAAUCCUUUCACAACCAGGAUAUGAUGAUGGAUCUAUUGGGCCAGUUCUUGUACGGUUAGCUUGGCAUGCGUCUGGAACUUAUGAUAAAGUAACAAAAACAGGCGGUUCAGAUGGAGCCACCAUGAGAUAUGCAAUUGAAGCCAAUGAUCCCGCUAAUGCAGGAUUAGCAUACGCGAGAGAUUUCCUGGAACCUAUAAAAGAAAAACAUCCGUGGAUUUCUUAUGGAGAUCUUUGGACACUUGCAGGAGUGGUUUCCAUUGAAGCGAUGGGAGGACCGAUCGUCCCAUGGAAACCAGGACGUAAAGAUAAAUUAGAAUCAGCAGUACCGCCAAACGGACGUCUCCCCGAUGCAGAGAAAGGAGCAGAUCAUAUCCGAGAAGUAUUUUAUCGUAUGGGAUUCACAGAUCGUGAAAUUGUUGCAUUAAUCGGAGCUCAUUGCCUUGGACGUUGCCAUGGGGAUCGCUCUGGUUACGAAGGAGCAUGGACAUACACACCUAUACGAUUUAACAACCAAUUUUACGUAAUGUUGACAAAACAAAAUUGGCACGAGAAAAAAUUAGACAAUGGGCUCAUCCAAUAUGCGGAUGAUAAGGAUAAACUAAUGAUGCUUCCUGCAGAUAUGGCGUUUCUUCAUGAUCCACAAUUUAAGGAAGUAGUUCAAAUUUAUGCAAAAGAUAAACAAACAUUCUUUAACGAUUUUGCAGCAGCUUUUGGAAAAUUAAUAGAACUCGGGGUUAAUCGUGAAGAGGAAGAAUCAAAGUUGUAA